UGCAAACGCCUUCACUGGUUACAGGAACAUGGACAGGUGCAGUUUGAAGCUUGCAGAGGUAAUGAUGGGCCAGGAAAGGCCAGUCCCUCUUUGAAAACCAGCCCUUUAAAAACGGAUCACUACUCUUUGGGUUUCAUUGCUUUAUUUCAAAGUUGGUUCAAAGUAGACUUUCUAUACUGGAGCUCAUCUCUGUGCUAUGGAAGAGGAUCAGGGCCACCAGGAAAACAUAAAAACCAUGGCGGAGUUAGACUUGAGUCUGAGCGAUGCGCUGACGGACAGCGUUCCCCAGCCCGGCCCGGAGAACAUGGUGCAGAGGGACUUUGUGGCUGAGUUGGAGGCGGAGCACUUUGACGAUAAGGUCGGCGAGACGGUGGGAAAGACGGACUACAUCCCGCUGCUGGACAACGAUGACACCAGGGCAGACGCGGGUACUGCAAUGGAGAAUGGAAAGCAGGAAGCUCGUGGGGUGCAGAAGCCUGGUAGUAAACUGACCUCGGGGGGACAGACAGCAGCGUCGCACCCGGAGCCGCAGGGAGAGGUGCGGCCACACUUGCUUGACCAGCAGCAGGCCUUGGCUUCAGACUUCUUAUCAGCCUCCGUGGCAAGCUAUUCUAAUCCUCUGGGCUUUCAGACCCGCCCUGCCCAAAAGAUGGAUACUAACCUGAUGGGAGCGUUUUCAGGUUUCUCCCAGCCUGGAGUGAUUGGGAUGAAUGUGGAGGUGGGAGCUGCACCCCUUCAAGCAGAAAAGCCUCCAAGUAUUGCAGAUCCCCAGAAUCUCACACCUCCAGCAGGAUCAGUCGCCCCUAAGGAGCACAGCCCCAUGCUGCCCGAACCACAAGCUCCUCGCAGCCCUUUGGAUGUAUCAGCAGGUGCCUUAGGCUGGCCAGACCAGGCUGGCUGCCUGUCGACAGACCUCCCUUUUACUCCAAGUGUCACCACAGUGAUUGCUCGACAUGCCAGCCAUCUUGCAGCCAGCCCUGAGGACCCACCUGACAGUUGGCCUAGCCGUGAGAGCGCUGCCUAUGCUGGAGGUGAUGAAAGGGACAGGGAUGGAUCAGACCGAAAACAAAAGAAGAAGAAGAAAAGACGACAGAAAGAUGAGGGAUCCUACGAACACCUGGAGAGCAGGGGCCACCCUGAGAUGCAAGCACUGGGAGAAAGCACCCGACCAACAGAGGAGUUCUAUCAUAGGAUUGGCCCACGGAGGGAUAAAGCAGAGGGUGGUUGGGAGGAGCAACUUGGGAAGAGUGGAGGCCGAGGGAAGAAGGGGAAGAGCAGGAAGAAGCUUCCAGAGGAGUGGGGAGUGGCAGAACCAUUUGUUCCUUCAUCUGCCGUGACCUCUAACAUUACAGAGGAGGACAUGAUGGAUCUUGGGAGUUCAACUCUGGACAACCUUGAGGCCUACUUGGCAGAUGAAGAUUCAAGCCAGAGCCCCUGGAAAAAGGAGGUCUACCCAGAUGAAGGCUUGGUACCUUCCCCUCUUUCUCAGGAUCUUUUCUCCCCAGCAGCUGCUCCCAUUAGCCCACUGGUCCUGAACAGUGAGCUGAAAGCCACAGCAGCUCCGUUCACUAUGCCCUCUACCACCAACAGCAAAUCACUCGGUCCCUUCCCCAUGGCCCCUCCAUGUUGUGAUCCAUUUGAUCUCUUGAUGGAAACCGAAAAUGCAAGUCUGGGCAACAGCAAAGAGGCUAUUUCGCCACCUUUUUCUCCAGAGAAUGAAGCAGCAGUUGGUAAUCUGGCAGACAGUGGCAUGUUUGACAACAGCAGUUCUCUCCAGGAAUGUUGUGAGCAAGCCACGCCUGAGGCAGACACCUCAGCCUUCAGCCCUGCCACCCAGACAAGCCCAAAUUGUUCCCCUGAAGGUGAGGUGUUAGCCUCAGCACCACCUCUUUCACCGUCUGAUGCUUCAUGGGUUCUGAACAGCUCAAAUAUGAGCAGCAACAGCGAUUUGUUUAAUUUUGCCGACAUGGGUGUGCUAGGUCAUCCUUUACCCUUAGGCCUAAACUUUGACACCCCAAGCCCAGCACCUCUCCGUUCCCCAAAAACUACGGCACAGGAAUUCCAAGCCAGAGAGCUCAAAGAAGGCAAAUCAACCCAGAAACAAUCCAAGAAACCACGCUCUUCAUCUUCUUCAUCCUCUGUUAAGAGUCCAACUUCCCCAGAAGCUAAAAGGUUCUCUCCAAUGCCAUCGCCUGUCACCAGCCCCUCUUCCCCUCCAUCGGUCCCCCCUCUGGCAGUUCCAGGAUCUGGUCUUAAUCCUGCAGCUAAGCCCUUCUUUCCCAGCUUUGCUGAUCCUAUGGAAGAACCAGCUGUGGCCAAUCAAGAUGUUCCCCUCGUUGAAGUAAAAUCAGACAUGACAGAGAAGACAGAAAAGAAGGAGGAGAAGGUGGAGGACAGUGUGAAGAAGGUGGACCUGUUUGAGCCUGUGGAUAAAGUCGAGCAGAAGAGUGUGAAGGUUGAGUUCACGAGCAGUGAGAGUCCGGUUAAGGUGGAGAAAGAGGUAGAAAAAGACAAAAUGAAGGAGGCAGAAAAACAGGCAGAAAAAGUGGAUGAAAAGCAUAAAGAGACAGAAAAACAGGCAGAAAAGGUGGAUGAAAAGCAUGAAGAGACAGAAAAACAGGCAGAAAAGGUGGAUGAAAAGCAUGAAGAGACAGAAAAACAGGCAGAAAAGGUGGAUGAAAAGCAUAAAGAGACAGAAAAACAGGCAGAAAAAGUGGAUGAAAAGCAUAAAGAGACAGAAAAACAGGCAGAAAAAGUGGAUGAAAAGCAUGAAGAGACAGAAAAACAGGCAGAAAAAGUGGAUGAAAAGCAUGAAGAGACAGAAAAACAGGCAGAAAAAGUGGAUGAAAAGCAUGAAGAGACAGAAAAACAGGCAGAAAAGGUGGAUGAAAAGCAUAAAGAGACAGAAAAGGAGAUGGAAACAGAGAAAGUGCAGCCUGUGCAACAAAAGCCUGAGAAAGAGGAUAAAGUGAAAGCAGAAGAAUUCUCAGACAAAUCAGAGAUAAAUAAAGUAGAGAAGACAGAGAAAGAAGAAAAAGUGAAGGUUACAGAAAAGCUGGAGGCUGAAGUCGAGAAAGCAGAGAAUGUGGACAAAAUUGCACAAAAUGACAAGUCCAAAGUGUCCAAAGUGGAGGACAAAGCAGAGAACAAGACCACAGAGAAGAGCGAGAUCACAGAAAUGAAGGAUGGCAAAGAGCAGCACAUCAACAAAGUGGAAAAGACCCCAGAGCAACAGCCGACAUCUGUCAAGCUCGAGACCAGCUGUGACGAGACGCAGAAGAAGGCCGACACGGAGACAAAGGCCACAGCGGAGCUGGAAGACGCUGAGACAGAAAAGGCUGACGCAGACGAGGCCAAGAAGACGGAGAAAGACGAUGAGGCGGCGAAGCCGUCUGAGAAGCCGCUGGAAAAAACAACACAGGAGGACGAAAAGGAAGAGAAGCCGGACAAAACCCAGGAAGACAAAAAGACGGUUGAGAAGAAAGAUGAAAAGAAGGACAAGGCCGCAAAAGCAGACGGAGACAAGGCGAAGAAACCUACAAAACCUUCAGCUAAUGGAAGCAUUUCAACACCAAGCAAAGACCUGGCAGACAGGAAGACCAAGCCUGCUGCCGGGGCAACCAAACCAAGCGCAGCUGCCAAAACGCGUCCGAGCACUGCAGGUGCCGGUGGUCCGGCUCCAGGCCUGACUAAGCGUCCCGUAUCCUCUGUCACCACCUCCACCCCCCACACUACAGACAAAAAAACAACCACAUCUAAAGCACCUUCCACAGCAGCUGCAGGGUCUAAGCGGCCCUCCACCACUUCUGCCAGCCGCCCCAUGUCAUCCUCCACCAGCACGACACGUGAGCUUAAACCCAAGACAACAACAGAGAAGCGCCCCCUGGUGACAAAGUCCAGCACUGCUGCCUCAAAUCAAACAGGUUCUGCCACCAGAAACACAUCUGCUGCCACAGCAGCCAGUAAGACCGCUGCACCAGUGCGCACAGCAGGGUCUACUCGCACCACCACCACUGCUGCAGCCAAAAAGCCUCUGGCCUCUAAGACAGACAGCAAACCAGGAGAGGAGAAGAAACCCAGCACUCCGAGGACUUCAACAGCUGACUCAAGCAAGCCUAAGACCACCACCACCCGCAGCACUGCCUCCACCACCACCACCACUGCCUCCCGCACACGAACCACAGCAGCCAAACCAGCAACGCCAUCCUCCACCACAGGCACGGGGCCAGAGAAGAAGCCCCCGGUGCCCCGCGCCCCACGGGCCGCCUCUUCAACCACAGCGACCACCGCUUCCAGGAGCACAGCUCGCCCCGCCACAGCCGCGGCUCCCGAUGUCCGCAACGUUCGCUCCAAGAUCGGCUCUACGGACAACAUGAAGCACCAGCCCGGAGGAGGGAAGGUGCCUCCUUCCUCUCAGAGCAGGGGUUUCACCUCCAAAGAAAGCAGCCAGGGCAAAGUUCAGAUAGUCUCCAAAAAACUGGACUUCAGCCACGUCACAUCUCGCUUGGGCUCCAAGGACAAUAUGAAGCAUGUUCCUGGUGGAGGGAAUGUGCAGAUUCUCAACAAGAAGGUGGAUGUUAGUAAGGUGACGUCAAAGCUGGGCUCCAAGGACAACCUUAAGCACAAGCCUGGAGGCGGCGAUGUGAAGAUCGAGUCCCACAAAGUGAACUUUAGAGAAAAGGCUCAGUCCAAAGUGGGCUCCAUGGACAAUGUGAGCCAUUCACCCGGAGGAGGAAAUGUCAAGAUUGAGUCUUUCAAGCUCAACUUCCGCGAGAAUGCUCGCUCUCGCACGGACCACGGCGCUGACAUCGUCACCUGGCUAGCCCCACAGGACAACAACAGUAACAGACCCCACCCACACGGUUCCUCUUAUUCCCUACACACCAACCACCACCAACAACAGCAACAACACCAACCCACAACUCGUAGUGUCUCUCUCAUCGAGUCGCUGGCUUCGGUCGGCUGCAUCAGCUCCCCUCCGCCCCCUCCUCGCUGCAGCUCCAGGUGGAGGUCCAGGGGGUCGACCGCUGCAGCUCCUUAAAGGGAUCGUGACCUUUGUGACCCCUCUUGAUAUCUCUAACCUGCUAUUGCUACAUUUUGACCCAUCGAGUAGUCCCAUUAUGCUUUUUCUCUCACACUGAUUGUGCGCCAUCACCCUCGCCCUGCUAGAUUUGGCUGAGUGACUGUGGAGACUGUGCUUGGGCCUGGUGAGAAGCGAAGGGGAAACGAGGGCACAUAAGGUUUUCUCACAUUCUGGCUUUUUGCUUGGAUCCUCUUCACCCCACAGCCUGGUGACAGACUGUGCUCUGCAUCACCCCUCCCACAGUAUCGUCCACACCCACAGGCGUCAGCAGCAAAUCACUUCACUCAUCUACUAAACAGCAUGGAAACCCUGCAGAAUCACCGCUGGCUUCUCUUUCCUUUGUGACUCUAGGGGCUGUUUGUUACCUGUUACCUGCUUACUCUCUGCUUCAGUGACAUCAUAGUAACUCAUCUCACCGUCUCCUCCUCUCUCUCUUCAGCACCACUUACCAUAAACGCGCUGACAAACAAAAUAAAGCUAGACAACACGUAGGCUGUUUAACUCUUUAUUCUCUGUGUUUGUGAUGAUGUGUUUGAGUGACACAAAUCGUGUAAAAAUGAGCUUUGGUGUUCUGCUCAUUUUAUUUCUUGCAUUUUUCUUUUUUUCUUUCCUUCUUCAUUGAUUUUAAAACAAAGUUGUAUUUAUUUAUUGUAUGUGUCUUCCUGCAUAAGCAAUACAACGGGUGGUCGUUUUUUUUGUCUGAUCAGAAAAUCUUGGAAACACGCACAGGUUUUUCUAAACCAAGACACACAGUGAUGAAAGCGAUUCAGAGGGAGAGAGGAAGUUGAAAAAGCAGGCGUGGCUAGAAGCGUGAAAAGGGUUGUUUUUUUAUUAAUGGCAAAAUUACAAGAAGCCUGUAACCUGAACGUUUCUGAAACGUAAUAGAGGAAGAUGAAGUUCAGUGUGCAGCCCAAAUGUAGAUGAGGAAAUAUGAAAUAUGUCUGAAGUCGAAGGAGCUGUGUGUAUCGUAUGUGCCUCCUGUCAUUUUAAAGUACAGCGAAUGAGGCUGACCCAGGCUCAGACCUAAAACUGCUCAGAGGAAGUGAAAGGAAAUGCCAGGAGAAACCUGGUGCUGCUGUUAAAAGGAAAUCCUGUAAGUGACCCUUUCCUGAUAGUGCUUCUUGUCCCAUUCAGGUGUUUCUAUGAGGAUCAUGGUAGCAUGUUGUUUGGCAUUUGGCUAAAGCUUCAGCUGACACUCCAACAGUGUGUCCUCCUGUUGGAACAGCAGCGGGGGACGAUGUGGUUUAUCCUCUUCUAUUGUAGCAAUGUAAUCAAAUGUUGCCUUUGUAAUGCAUGGCCAGAUAAUAUGACUCCAGGUUAAAGGCUGACGUCCAUUAUGAACGUGUUGUGGUUUGGUCAAUUUAUGUGUCGAGCUUAGCCGAUUUAUUUUUUAAAGGAAAAGAGAGGAAGAACCAGUUUGUAGUCUUUGUUUCCCCUUUUUAAAAUCAUGAUUGAAUUUCACAGCCGACCACAGAUUUGAAUGCACCAACUCCGUGGCUCAAACACACACAGGUCGGCCAUUAUCAGGAUUCAAAGAGGGUUUCUUUUGUUUGGUUGUUUGCUCUUUUUUGGCUUUGUCAAACUGAUUCUGUCAGCAGUCAUUACAGUAAUAUAACAAGGGCUGGGUAUCAUCUGAAACUGAUACCAUACAUCGAACUGACUGGCAAAUGAAAAUAUGAUAGAUCAAAACAUUAUCUCAUAAAGUUAGAAUGGGGAACGUGUUAGCAAACGUAGUACGUCUAACUUCAAUAACAGAACAGCAUUUUCUUUUUAUCUCCGUCUCAACCAACUCUUUAGCUGCUACAUGCUACAGUUAACAGCUAGCUUUUUUCACCAGUCAGCUGCUAACUGUACUUGCCUCCCAUCUGGUGCUUUUUUUUUUUUAAACUGCAAACAGCUGCCUGCUGUUGUGUCUGAAAACAGGGUUUAUGAGAGUGAAGUAAAACAGCAAAGUUCCAAAUUAUAAAACCAAAACAAUGCGUUGAAAGAAGCUAACAAGCUUCUGGUAGCUAGCAGUAGCUACCAUGUUUGAAAAUGUUACCUCACUAGCAUGAGAGGUUUGUUUGUAAUUUUCUGUUGAUAUCACAAUAAGAAAUAGUACUGUUAAUCCUUUUGGCCACAAUAAUCCUGUAAAGAGCUAAUGUUGUGAUGCCCGAGGUGAAACUCAUCUUGUAACUGCCAAAAUGUUUGAGGUAUACCCGACAGUUUUCUGAAGAACAGUACGUUUGAACUACUCACACAGCUGUUUCCAGUCUCUGUGUUUGCAAAGUCAGUGUUUUUGUCAAAUGUAGCAAAAUUCCCAAAAAGCAAAAUGCAAAUUCAGCUUCAUUAGGUUCUUCCUAGCAAUAGCAUCCAACUACAGAAACACAGAGGUUUUCAGUGCAAGCUGACACUAAAAUCAGUGAUUUGUAGAAAAGCUCUGAUGACAUUAAUUAGCACCUUAAAGCUUGAGUGUAUCAGCGAGGGUUGACUGUUAUGGAGUGGAAAUAAUGAGGAAUAAGUGAUCCUUCAUUCUGAGUGAGCUUUUGCACGGCGACAUAAACAGAGCAGUAGUGUGAAUGCCCAUGCCCUCUCUCUUCUUCUUCAGCUGUUAAUUGAUUUAGUCAUUGCUAAUUUUUAACAGAAGUACGGGGACGGGAAGUCAACCAGUGUCUUUGGAAUUGUCUUUGGGAAUAUUUCAUAUGCAGAUGGUGGCGCGUUAAUAAAAGCUGUCAUCAAGCAGUUGAAUUGCUUUGUUUGCGCUGCUGUCUUCUAGCAAAAAGCUUCCUUGUGCCUGUCCCAACUUACUCUAGCUUUGCUUUUCUCCCAGAGUUUCUACUUACCACUACACGGGUGUACAGAUGUGCUCUGUAGUCCUCUUCAUGGCCCCUAAAAUAUAAGAAGUAAACAAAGUAGAUACCAAGAAGGGUUGGUUGGUGGGGAGUUUUCCAAGUACCCUUAAGGAAGCAUCAUAACUAUUAUGGCUGUUAUUCUGAUUAUAAGAACUGCAAAAAUAAAAAGGUCUCCCUGUUUUUAUUGAAAUGGGCCACCUAAGUAAAGAAUGUCUUUUGAGAUAUAAGUGCAGUAAAGAUAUAACAUAUGCGCUCCUGCAGCUCUGUGGGGAUCGUGCUCAUCUGAUUGGAGGGUGUAAAAUAUCAAAUUUGUCACAGCCGCUUUUACAGCCUGCAUCUCGCCCAGAAUUGAGACCCCCAAUGCAGCACUUCUUCAAGUCUUUCAAAUAUUAUAGCAGAUGAUUUUACUUGGAGUUGUGGCAGCAGCUCGAUUUAGAAACAUUGAACAGGAAACGUAUAUAUGCUUAAUUAUUUAAUUAACUGCAGCCUUUUUAACAAAAUGUAUAGUGCACGCACAUGUAUGUCUGCACACUAUGAAAUAAGCCCAGUCCUAAGAGAUGAGAAACAUUUCUGUAAGGAUACAGUGACCUCUGCAGGUUCAUAUAAUAAAGGAAUAAAGCUAAAUGGGAAUGAAGCUAAUACACCUGAAUCACAGGCCACUGCAUAACAGUGGGCACAGAGGUCCACAUACAGGCCUGUCAUUUGGACAUUCUGCAUAUCAAAGCCUCCGUUAUGGCACUCAGAGGGCAGAGACCCCAAAACUUUCUUAUUUGAGGCAGAGAAAAUGAACCGUAGCUAACAUUUUGGCUUAUCUAAUAAAAGCUCCUCUGAAAUCUGUCCAAGGAGCCUCGUAGUGCUUGAUCGAACGCUGCCACACUCACACUCGACAUGCAAGUGUAACACUAGCUAACGAACACCUACUGUACCUGCAGAGCAUGCUGAAAAACUAUGGGAUGUGUUAGGUAGACUUACUCUGUCAUUUGAAGAACCUCCUUGUUUUUGUUUUGUUUUUUGCGUGUGUGUGUUUGUUUUUCAUAAUUUGAAUUUUAUUUUUCGGUUUGGAAAAAAAUUUAUUGUGAUUACUUGUUAAUUAGUGAUGUGAUAAUUAAACAAAUAAAUUGGACUAAAACUCA